ACCUUUACAUGAAAAUCUUUUGUCUGCUUUUUAUCGAGGGUCACUGCCGUCGAUCCGAAUAUUUUAAAAUGUACACAUUACACUCUCUUUCGGUACCUUACCGAUAUGUAACCCUGACACACUUUGGUUACUUGACAUGUCCUUUGCGCAACCGAAAUUUACGUGUCCAUACCGAUUAUGCGUCUUACAUGCACUAUCAUAAUAUUUUUCUUAUUUUCCACUGUACUAAAACACUUGUUUUUGUCGUAUGCAUACUCAAAUAGUCCGUUAUUGUUGAAUGCUUUCAAUAGAACACAAUUUUUGUUGUUUUAAAUUUUCACGUAAUCAAGCUUAAAUGUAACUGUAUGCCCACUCUCGAUUGCUUUACUCACUGACACAAAAUUCAUUUGCAAAUUUGGUACAUACAACACAUUCUUUAACAUAAUUGUUGUACCGCCGACGACGACGUCGCCGCGGCCAACUGCUUCUAUAUAUAUGCCACCCGCUAAACCAGGGGUCGAAUCGUUACAUCCGUGAACGUAUCACUCGUCACGUAAAAGUCUGUAUUUCGUAUUAUGACAUACGUGAUCGUAACUCUUCUAUCGUAAUCUGGCAUGAUGACACACGUGAACGAGUAUAUAAACGUAUCCGUUCGUUCGAACCGUCACUCGAACGCAAACUACCGAUCGUAACAGACGAAUUAUUUAAAAAUGUGAGUAUUUGGUAAAUUUUAAAUUUAAAAUUUUUAAUAAUAAAUCUAUUUUAGGGCAAAUUAUAAUAAGCUAAAUCCUAAACAAAAAGAUGUGAUGGCGGAAUUCAUGUCAAGCCAUCCAAAAAAAAACCUUCCAAACUCUGCGCAAGGAAGAAUUGCAUCCAACAAAUUAUGGGAAGAACUGGCGAAGCAGCUUAAUGCCGUGGGGCCACCAGUUAAAGAUGCUAAGUUGUGGAGGAAGGUUUUUGCUGAUCAAAAAUAUCAAGCAAAAAAAAAACUUUCCUUCAAUAAGGCAUCAAAGCAGCGAACUGGUGGAGGGCCCUAUAAUGAAAAGUUGAUCACUGCGACGGACGAACUGCUAAUUGAAGCAGCUGGACUCAAAGCUUGCGUAGAAGGCAUAACAAAUGUUUCUGCAUUUGGAAAUAACCCAACUACGCAAGCUUCGACGUUUAUCGUUAACUGUGAUAGCAGUGAUGAGGAGGCAAGCCCUUUCCCCAGCUCCUUACGAGGCCCAACAACUUCCACACAGUCGCUACUCGCUACAACAAUAGCAACAGAAAAAACUCCACGCACACCGAGGAGAAAAAGUAGGAGUGACGAGAAGUUGGAGUUACUUCAACAAAACAUGAAGUCGCUAUCGGCUUUUCAAAAAGGCAUAGACCAAAAGCUUGAUAGGUUAGUAGCAGCACAAGAAAAAAUGCUGGCACUACAGGAAAAGGUGGUUGUCAUUAAGUUGGAAAAGCACCGCAUUCAACAAUCAACAAGGGAAAUAGACCACGAGAUAAAAAAAUUGGAGCUCGAAACCUUACGAAGGAAUUUAUUAUAAAACUUGGUACAUUGAUGUAAAUAUUUUUAGUUUUAAGCAUUUAAUGAAUUUUUAGUUUUAAGUAUUUAAUGAAUUUUUAGUUUUAAGCAUUUAAUGAA